CGCAAAAGCAAGUCAUGUCGGCUCUUUAAUCUCCCCCCCCUCCAUCUGUACGAGAAUCGCCUUUUCCCCCCCUUCUUUGAAUGCUUUUGAUUUCAUCUUUUUUCUCAGAUCGAUCAACGCGAUUCGCGAUUCGAUUUGUCUCUGGUUAGCUGCUAUUCCAUCUCCUGUCGUUUUUUCCUUCUGGAAUUCUCGAAAUAGAGGUUAAUUCGCCGAUUUCCGGUAAAUGCGGCGCUGUUUUUCCAUCUUUGAUCCGCCUGGUUCUUCGCGAAAUCGUCAAAAGAUUCUACCUUGUAGAGCGUUUCUGUUUCAUCCUUUUCGUUUUUGAAAUUCGUAUGAGGAAAGGAGAUGGAAUUCGUUCUUCGGUGUUUUUUUGUUUUAUGAUUUGUUGCUGUGGAUUUUGUUUAAGCUUUUGAUCUGUGACAGGUUUUGGAUUCACGGAGCCGGGCUUGUAUUGAUGAAAUUUGAGAAUUAGAGGCAAUCUGCUCUUUCAUCUUUUCAACUCAAGAUGAGCGGGAGCCCUCACGAGGGAUUUGAAUUCCGGAGCUCUACAAUGCCGUACAGUUCAAUAGGAAGUUUCAUGGAUUUCUUUGGAGCCAUGGCAUAUGACCACAUGAACUAUAUCUUUGCUGAUGAUACUACAUAUGCUCCGGAGACUGUUUACCCGGCCGUUUAUACCAAUCAAUACAAAUUUGGAUUCUCUGAAACUGAGAAUUCUUGUUAUUAUCAUGAUUAUGGCAAUGCCCAUGUUUUGAACAAUCAAAUAUCUGGAAAUGAGGGACAAGAUAGCCAUUUAGAGAAUCCUUCGUCAAGAGUUGCUGAAACUGAGACUGCAGCACCGGCAGAUAUGCAUCAUCAGGAAAAUACGAAUGCAGAUUCCAUGGAAUGUCCACGAGGUCAUCAUAGUACUCAUGUCAAUGAGGUCGUUUGGCAAGACAAUGUUGAUCCCGACAACAUGACUUAUGAGGAAUUGCUUGAAUUGGGUGAGGCUGUCGGAACUCAAAGCCGAGGACUUUCUUAUGACCAAAUCUCUUUGCUUCCCGUCUCCAAGUUUAAGCUCAAGUUUGGCCAAUUCUUUAGGAAGAAGUCAAGAAAUGAAAGGUGUGUGAUAUGCCAGAUGGAAUACAAGAGAGGCGAUAGACAAAUCACUCUUCCAUGCAAACACGCCUAUCACAAAUCUUGCGGCAGCAGAUGGCUCAGCAUCAACAAAGCGUGUCCCAUUUGUAACUCGGACGUGGUGGUGGUGGUGACCAAUGCAUCCAAGCACUAAAAGGUCUUUUACUUCUUUUGUUUUUUGUUUUGUUUUAUAUACAUAGGGAAAAUGGAGUGCAUUUUGUUUCUUUUUUUUUCUUCCCCUUUUUUCCUCUUUAAACUUACAAUAGUGGGCUCUACUUUACUUUUUCUGUUACUCUACAUAAUUUUCCUUCAUUGUUAACAGUUCGUGUUAACAACGUAUGAAGUACUCUAUUAACAUUGUCCAUGUUAGAAUAUAUGGAGGAGUGUGUU